UGAUAUUUAUGUAAAUAUUUUCUCCCAAGUUGCUAAUUUAUCUCACAAAUUAUAUUUCAUAGUGUUUUUUGUUAUAUCGAUAUAUUCGAUGAGGCAUUUUCUUGCCCUAUGUAGUUUCUCGCGAGAGUUUGUGACGUCAUUGAAAAAAAUAGGACGAGUGAUUUCGCGGGAAUUGGUGUGUUUUCUCGACGAAAAAGAGCAACACGGACGUUAUUUCUGUUUAACAUAAUACUCAGCUUUAUUCAGGUGACAAUAGACGAUUACUUAAAAGAGUCAUGUUUUCCGAGCUAAGCGCCCAGAAGGAAGGCUCUUCCCUGCUCUGUCGCCCGGCAUCUGAGGACCAGGUGGCGGUGUUUGAAAGGGUAUCUCCGGCUUACAGUCCCUGCUCUGAGUGCUAUGGAGUUGGAGAAAGGAGCUUCAGUCGUCAGUAUGCUCAUAUUUAUGCAGCACGGCUCAUGCAGAUGAGGCCCUUAUUAACAGAGAGGGCUCAGCACAAGUGGGGAUCAGAUGUACUUAUUAGGAAGCUGUGUGAUCUUCAGACAGGAGAACAGUGUUGCAUUGUGGGAACUUUGUUCAAGCGUAUGGAGUUGCAGCCAUCAAUCCUGAAGGAGAUCAGCGAGGAGCACAAUCUCCUGCCUCAGCCUGCACGAGUCAAAUACAUCAGCGAGAAUGAUGAGCUGAUCCUGGAAGAUGAACUCCAGAGAAUCAAACUAGAGGGCAAAAUAGACAGAGACAAGUGUGUCACAGGUAGUGUUAUUGCAAUAUAUGGAGCUGAAACGAAUGAUGGAAAAUUCACAGUAGAGGACUUUUGCACAGCUAGUCUUCCACUGCAAACUGCAAGACCUACACUCGCCUCUGACAAGUUUGUGCUCCUGGCCUCAGGACUUGGUCUAGGCAGUACUCAUGCCGACAGCAUGCUGGGGCUACAGUUGUUGAUUGAUAUGGUAACUGGUCAGCUGGGUGACCAGGGGGAGCAGAGAGGGGCAGCUACAAUUUCCAGGGUUUUACUGGCUGGAAACCUAUUGAGUCAAAGCACCCAGGAUAAGGAUGCAUCAACAAAGCCAAAGUACCUUACAAAGAAGACUCAGGCUGGCAGUGUGGAGGCGAUGCGUCUGCUGGAUGAGCUGCUGCUUCAGCUGGUGACCUCUGUUCCAGUGGAUGUAAUGCCUGGCCAGUAUGACCCCACCAACUACACCCUCCCACAGCAGCCCCUCCACCGCUGCAUGUUCCCUCUGUCCUCUGUGUAUCCCACAAUGCAGCGGGCCUCCAACCCAUACCAGGCUAACAUUGAUGGAGUGAGGUUCUUGGGCACGUCAGGCCAGAAUGUAAGUGACAUUCAGAGGUACAGCAGCAUGAACAGUCACCUGGAAAUACUGGAAGAAACACUGCGGCUAAGACACCUGGCCCCUACUGCACCUGAUACUUUAGGUUGCUACCCAUUUUAUCAAAAAGAUCCCUUUAUCCUGGAAGAAUGUCCCCAUGUUUAUUUCAGUGGCAACGCCCCCUGCUUUGACUCCAAGCUCAUUAAAGGUCCAGCUGGACAAGAAGUCCUUUUGGUAACUAUCCCAGAGUUCAGCAGCACUCAAACAGCAUGCCUCGUCAAUUUACGCACUCUUGAAUGCGAGCCAGUUAGCUUCUCUGCCUUCUCCAAUGAAGAGGAUGAAGAGAGCGAGAUGAACAUCAGUCACUAAGGGUUAACAUCCUCACACAAAAAGAUGACAGUUAUCGGACACUACUCGUAUACGUUAACACCACUUGAGCACUGAGCCAAAAAUGAGUCUUUUGUAGUCUUCACAGUUUUACAGCUGGUUUCUCAGUAGUCUCAUUACAAAACCCAACGGUGCUUAAGGAAAGACACAUGCUGUUUGUUAACAAGCCUUUAUUUGAAAAAUAACUCUACCUCAGCUGUGUCUGAGGAAACAUCAUGACAGAAAACUCCAUUUCCUCUCCUGUUACCAACUUUGAACAAAUGCUUUUUAUCAGACCUUCAGUGAUUCCUGUUCAUACUGUAAAAAUCUGUCACAAAUGAAGAUGGUGUAAAAAAUAAUCAACUGUUGUGAAGUAAAACAUGUCAUGAUUUUAAUGUGCAUCCACAAUAAAGAUCUCUUUAUGAAGCAAAAA